AUGAAGGUGACUCCUCCGGGUCAAACUCGAACGCAGCAGGCAAAUGGAUCAGGGUUGGUAGCUAGGUAUCAUAACCGUCGGUAUGGCUGCCAUGGUAUUCUCCCAAGUAAACGUUCACAUCCUCUACAGGUAUCUCUCCCUCUUUGGCAUUGUGCACAAGACCAGAAAAAAUUUCAUAAACUACCAGAGUAUGGUCAAUACCGAUUGAUCAUGUAUAGUCAGACAAACCGAUAG